AUGUCAAACAGAGUUUGUGCUGUUACAUCUUGCAAAAACAAUGGGUACAAACUACAAAAGUGGUUGAAUCAUGCUUGUGAAACACACCAAUGUUUAAAACGUGAUUGUGAAUGCCCAAGACCAUUUAAACUUAUUCCUUUUCCAACAAAUAAAAAGGAUCCUGAAACAAGACUUAAAUGGGCUCAACUUAUUCAUCGAAAGUGCUCAGAUAAUUCAGCAAACUGGCUCCCAAAAGAAGAUUCUCGAGUUUGUUCUGAUCAUUUUGUUGACAAAGUUCCAACUAGAGAUAACCCUUAUCCAACUCUGAAUCUUGGGUAUACCCCUCUAAAAGAGCCAAAGGCAAGACCUCCACCAAGGCGUCGAUUAUUUGUCCCAACAAAUACAUUUGCCAAUGAUCAAGCAAAACUUCAAAAACUAUCCACCGAUACAGGACCUGUGACUGUGUGUGAUGUGAAUGAUGACUCUGCCACACCAGAAAAUAUAGCAAAUGUAUUCAGAAAUAUACCAGAAAAUGCACCAGUUGAUGUACAAGUAGACCAUACUUAUUUUGCUCCUGAGGGAGAGUCUGGGUAUACAGAAUGUAAUGAAUGUCUUACGAAGUCUUCGAUAAUAGAUGUAAUGAAAAAGGAAAUGGAAGCUCUGAAAGAGGAAAAUGCGAAGUUAAAGGCAAUUAUCCAUAAGAAAUCCAAGAAGUCUUUCAAUGUUCAGGCAGUGACAAAAUCUGACAAAAAGAUGAAAUUUUACACAGGGUUUCCAACAGUUAAUGCUUUUAUGAUUGUUUAUACUUAUAUAGUGACAACAUUCAAGGAAAUCAUAUAUUGGAAAGGUCCAGGUAGGGUAGCAGCCAAUCCACUUAAACCUAAAAGAGUCAAGGUCCGCAGUCUAAAGAAGGAAGAGCUCAUUAUGACAAUGAUGAAAAUCAGAUUAGGUCUUUUAAAUCAAGAUUUAGGGGAUCGCUUUGGUGUUUCUGCAACAUGUGUUUCAAACAUAAUAUCCACGUGGCUUCGAAUCCUUGGGAAAGUUAUAGGCUCUCUUGUUUUUAAUCCACAGAAAGAUGUUGUUAAAGCCAAUUUACCACCUUCCUUUAAAAGUAACAAAUUCAACAAUGUCCGCCACAUAAUUGAUUGUUCCGAAGUGUUUAUUGAGAAACCUAGCAGUUUUCAAAUGCAAGCUGUCACUUGGAGUGAUUACAAACAUCACCACACAUUAAAGAUUCUUAUUAGCAUCAGCCCUUCUGGCAUGAUAAAUUUCAUUUCUAAUGCUUGGGGAGGAAGGGCAAGCGACAAGUUUGUUACUGAAAACUCGGGGGUUUCUCGAUAUUUUGGAGGCCUAUGA